AUGGCUCCCAAAAGCAUGUGGCUGCUCCUAUUGCUGAGCUUCAUAGCCAGCACUGACGUCCUGGGUAACAUCAUCAUGAGACCCAGCUGUGCUCCUGGAUGGUUUUACUACAAGUCCAAUUGCUAUGGAUACUUCUGGAAGCUGAAAAACUGGUCUGAGGCUGAGCUUGAGUGUCACUUGUAUGGAAACGGAGCCCACCUGGCAUCUCUCCAGAAUAUAAAGGAAGCCAACAUGGUAGCAAAGUACAUAAGAGGCUUCCAAAUAUACCAGCCUGUGUGGAUCGGCCUGCAUGACCCACAAAAGAGGCAGAAGUGGCAGUGGAUCGAUGGGGCCUUAUAUUUAUACAAAAGCUGGUCUGGUGAGUCCGUGGGCGAGAACAUGUACUGUGCGGACAUAAGCGCCAGGAACAAUUUUUUAGGUUGGGAGAGCAAUGAUUGCAGCAAGCAGCAGCAUUUCCUGUGCAAAUACCGACCGUAG